AUGUUUGAACUAAUCAGUGGAGGUGACGGCAGACGAAUAUGGGUGUUUGACAACCAUGCUGCCAAGGUGUCCAUCAGUAACUUCUACACGUCACAGUUCAUCCACGACGUUGAUGGCGAUGAUGUGCAAGACAUCUUAACGAUUCAUGGCGGCGAUCCACUGAGGAAACCAGGUGCAAAUGUGAGUUAUGCGGGCCGAUUGAUGUUAUUCAGCGGAGCAACUGGGCAUGUAAUUACCUGGUCUAUGGUUCCAGACGGGAUGGAAUCCUACUAUUCACCGCAGGUGUACUUCGACAGCCACGGAGAGAAGGUUGUACUGUUUGGAACUGGCGGAGAAACACAUGGAGGCGCACUUUAUGUGAUCAAACUCAAUGAUUUCAUUCGUGGUCAUAUGCAAAUGGCAAGAUGUUUAUAUCAAGAUUCAUAUAAGGGAGUGAUGACUCCCCCAGUGUUGCUGGACAUAACACGUGACGGUGUGAUCGAUAUUGUCAUAGCAACCUUCAACUCUACAGUACUGGCUAUAAACGGCGACAAUUAUGAUAUGCUAUGGAACUUCUCAAUGCCGAUGUCGGAGACCUACGCAACCCCUGCUCCCGGCUUUUUCAAUGAUGACGAUAUUCCAGAUUUUCUUGUAAUAUUUAAUCACGGCCCAACCUACCCUGUCUACUAUUACUCUGAGGUGACUGUGUUAGAUGGAAGGACAGGUCAGCCUCUGCUGGAACCCUUCAUUCGUCAUUCUGGCAGCAUUCAAAGCUCUCCACUUACCGUUAACGUCGAAGGAACUGCUCAAGACAUGUUUCUUUACUUCGCCUCAGAUUGCUUAAACCACGAGGGCAAGAGUACCAAAUUCUCAUUUACAAAAACUACAUUCCAGUCUUCCAAAAGCAGAGCUGAUUUGUGUAUGGUGCGUUUUAACACGAGUUCAUUUUCACGUCUUUAUGCAAUGAGUUCCAUAACUGGCAGUCCUGGUGCUAUCAUUUAUGAUUCUCUUAGUCAUACUUCCGAAGAAUACAUGCAUAGUGUGAACACAAGUCUAUUAGCAAAGGCGUUUCUAGAAAAGUAUCCCGAGACUGCGCAGUACGUCAUAGAUAGACAGAAGAGUAAAGAUGAUGAAAAAGAAACUGAUAAAAAUGGAGAACUCAUGACAACCGCUGUAGAUUCAGCUGACGUUUUAAAUAAUCAGAAACACGGUAAUAAAGGCGAUCAGACAUCUGAGUCAGAAGAUGAUAUAUUGGGCUCAUAUGGAAAUAACUUUUUAUUUAGUUAUGAGGAAGAGUCUGAAAGAUUAGGAUCAUAUUACAACAUUGAAACAGACACAUUUACUGAAACACCAAAUAAACAUUCAAAACACUUGAAGGACCAUAAAGUAAUGCAGCUAAUUAAAGAAAUGAUGAGAGAAAAUGGAUACUCUAAGUUAAACGUUGAAGGGGCUCGAAAUGGUGAUAGAACACGGCAGCACUCUAGUGACAGACAUUCGGAACACCACGACAGACCAAAACGGCACGCUGGCCCUCAUGAUUCUGGCGGGCUACAACGGUUGAUAGCAACUGGUACACUUGCUCCUAGUCUGAGUCGUGAUGAUCAUGGCAUUGAUUUGAUCUUUCCAGUUUACUGGUUUUAUCCAUCACCGACAGAGAUUCUAACCGAAGAUGAGCAGAAGUGUGUUGACCGUAAAAUGGCAGCAGAGGGGGACAGAAUGAAUAGUAACAGUAAAUAUUUUGGAAUGGAUCACGAUGCAUAUGACCAAGUAGUUGAAGAGGAGUGCAAAGGAAAUAACACUGAGUCUAUGAAAAUAACUGAAAACAUAUUGCGGACAGACCCUCUUCAGAUGUACCCGUUUAAUCUGCACAUGGGCGAGAUGACAGUUUACAGAUUACACUUAUCAUGCCAGUGCAAUCAACCGCCAUGCGCACGUAUUCUUCCAUUCAAACAGCAGGGUUGGCCAGCAUAUCUUGGAGCACGAGCAAACAGUAUAUAUGUUCACAGGAAAAAUACUACUAAAGAAAACUAAUUUUAUUAACUUCCUGUAAUAUUCCUGCGAUUCUGUUACCCUAUCAAACGUAUGCAAAGAGGAUGUUCUGGUGUACAACUUCGUAGGCACAAUAAUCAAAUAUGUUUGGUCAAGAAGGGACAACUAAUUAUUAUUUGAAAAUUAAGAACUAAUUAUUAUAAUUUUGAUCAGGUUUUUUAAAUUUGGUUUUCAAUUUUUAAAUUGUUGUACAUCUUAUAACUUUUGUAACGUAUUUCAUUUUUAUGUUCUAUUUUAGUUUUCUGUUUUCGUCUGUAUUUUAAUGUUUUGUGUAUGCCAAGGAAAUACAAUUUCCACAACGUAUUUUACAUGUUGUUUGAACCAAUAAAAAUAUCGUAUUUAUGUAACAGUCGAGUGCGGUGAUGCUUGUUGCUGUAAUACCUCCGAGGUUUGCUGUAACAAAUUAUAAGCAAGCUUACAUUAAAAUACAGUAAACAGGACAAAUAAAUUGGGCCUAGCAUAGGCCAUAUAUUAUAUACUACUUCUAGCCUGGGACUCCUCUUCAUAGUCUACACUCAUGUCAACAAACGAUAAAAUAAUUCACGGGCCGAGUCCAAAUAAGGGCGAACGUCCUGUAUGAUGAGUUUAAAUGACGUGGAGGAAUCGUCUUCAGCCUUGUGAUCCUCCACUUUUGCAAUAUGAUCGACUUAUUGAAUUAUUAUUAUUAUGAUUGAAUUAUUAUUUUAAUUAUUAUUAUAUUAAUACAAAUAUAUAUAUUAUUUAUACCAAUAUAUGUAUAUAUAUAUAUAUAUAUAUAUAUAUAUAGGCCUAUAUAUAUAUACAUUUAUACUUAACACUGUUAAAUUAUAUAUAAAUCAUCAAAGAAAGGUAACAGUGUUCGCAUAAAGGACAUAAUAAUACAUCGUGUAGCAUAGUUCUCAACGAAUGUGUCCUAUAACGAAUAAAGAAAUUGUAUAAUAAAAUUACUAUGACGGGA